AUGGCUAGAGUUUCGAAAGCUACUAAGAAGUUUCAAUCGAAACAUUUAAAGCGUACUCUUGACCAUAGAAAACAGUUAAAAUUACACAAUAAGAAGAUCAAAGGUAGACGUGGGAAUAAAACUGAGGAAGAAAAACGUGACAUUGCUGGCACUAAAGAAGAUCAAAUUCUCAAGAAAUCAGUUAAGGAAGAAGUCUUUAAAGAUUUGUCUGUAGAUAAAUUAUUCAAAAGUGGAUUUUCUAUUCCAAAGAACACUGUUCCAGCUCCUUCAAGAAAUAGAAAGGAUAUUGCUAAUGAUGAUGAAGUUAACCAAGUUGCUAGUGAUUUAGGUAGUGAUGAUGAAGAAUUAAAAAGCUAUUUAAAUAACGAUGCUAAUGAUAAUGCUGGAAUUGAAGAUGAACUGACCACUUCAAACGGCAAGAAUAAAGUUGAAAAAGAUAACUCCAUUGAAAUAUCUACAGCUCAUAUUAAAAAAUGGAGAAAUCAAUUGUCUAAUUGCUCAGAUUCAAAAAUUUUUGAAUCUAUUUUCCAAACAUAUUCUAAUAUAUCCAAUCCAGAAUAUCCGAAAUUGAUAAAAUUUUCUAUUGAAGAAUUACCCAAAAAAAUUGUUUUUGCAGUUCCAUAUCAAAAUAAGAGAAAUUCAAGAUUAUUAAAGACAAAUGUAGAGUCAAAGAAUAUCUCAAGUUCCAUAAAACCAUUUUUGACUUAUAUAAUUUCGUAUGCUUUCGAGAAUUGCGAGAAUACAAUCGAUGAAUUACCAAAAUUUUUAACCAAUAUUAAUAUAUUAUUGCCCUAUAUCGUUACUAACAAAAAAGUUUUGAAAAAAUUAUUAAAUAUAUCAAUUGAAAAAUUGAUUGCCUUAGUUGAAGAUCAACUUGAAGAAAAGGAAGAUGAUAUGGAACAUUCAGAUUAUCAUCUGAUUGAAGUCUUAUUAGAAUGGUUGAAGCAUAUGAUUAAUGAAUUUAAAUCAAGCAUAUUAGAAAUAUUUUUAAAAUUAUCCUACUCUUAUUUUAUUAAUAUUUCACGUAAAACCAAUUCGAAGUCAAUAAACACAAUUGAGAAGUUAAAAUUAAUACUUCAUGAAUUAUUCAUAACAGAUGAAUCCAUUGGUUAUCAAUUGGGUUUCGAAUACUUAAGACAAUUAGCUAUUCAUAUAAAAUCAACUAUGGAUAGCAAUAAUAAUCUAGGUAAAACUACCUCGAGUAAUUCAAAUUCAUUUCUAAUGAUUUAUAAUUGGCAAUUUGUUCAUGCUUUAGAUUUUUGGUCAAGAGUAUUAAUAAAAGCUCAAACUACAUUAAAUAAACCAAAAACAUCGCCAUUAAGACAGUUAUUUAAGCCAUUAAUCCAAGUGUCUAUUGGUGUCAUUAAAUUAGUUCCUACUCCCCAGUUUUUUGCAAUAAGAUUUCAUAUUUUGAAGAUAUUAAUGGAUCUAGCAUCUAAUACUGAUGUUUAUAUUCCAUUAUAUCCAUAUUUAUCCGAGGUUUUAUUUUCAAGUUUGUUUCAAAAGUCUGUUUCAUCGAAAAUUACAGAUGAAAAUAAUAAUAAAUUAAAACAUUUUGACUUUCAAUACAAUAUUAAAUGCUCUCCAUUAUAUUUAAACUCUAAGAUUUAUCAAGAUUCAGUAAUAGAACAAGUUCUCAUUGCCUUUAAUAGAUAUAUCGAAAUUUAUUCUAGAAAUGUAGUAUUUCCAGAAUUAAUGACGCCUAUAAUAAUUUCUUUACGUGGAUUUAUUGAUAGACAUGACGAAAAUAAUAACUUAAAGAAUUUUUGCUCUCAAUUAAAUUCUUUAAUUAAUAAAAUAUUAACAACUUCUGAAAUGAUUCAAAAGGAAAGAGCCAAAAUUACUUUUACACCAGAUAAUAGAUUAGAAGCAGCUCGUUUCUUGAACUUAUGA